UACCGGGGCGUGUCGUCGUGAUCACGCAGGGAGUUUCGACACUUUCUUCCUGUGUUUUCCAGGCAGUUGUUAGUCUUUACUUUGGAGGGUGAAGUUUCAACAGGACGGCAAGGGGAUACGUUUGGGAACGACAAAAAACAGGGAUAUUUAAGGAGUAUCUGCGCCACACUCAAAGGUUUUCUGGGGGGUGUUUUUCUAAAACUCUAAAGAGCCCCAAGUUGUCACAAAAGAGCAUCAUGUGGCUCAAGAGCCACACUUUAAGUAUCACUGGUCCAUGGCUUUAAAACCUGCCCUUAUGUGUGACUGAGACCAUGACAGCAUCCAAAACCUGCUGACAGCUCCACAUCUCAAGAUGCAACCAGGAGUUUCUCCCACUCCACCACCACCACCACCUCCACCUCCACCUCCACCUCCACCUCCUCCUCCUGGCAUCCUUCCUCCUCCUCCUCCUCCCCCACCGCCACCUCCUGGCCUCCCACCUCCACCUCCACCACCACCCCCACCUCCUGGCCUCCCACCUCCUCCACCUCCACCACCUGGCUCAGGCCUCUUUGGGAAAGUGGGCCGUAGGAGCUCCAGGAUGCGUAAUUUUAACUGGGAAACUCUCCCCAAACACAGUGUGAUAGGAAAGCACAACAUCUGGACAACAGAUAAGAUCGAUGGAGAAUAUGAGCUGGACACAGAUCACAUGGAGGAGCUGUUCAGCCACAAGCAGGGUCAGCAACAGAUCAAGGCCCUGAACCGCCAGAGUCUGAGAGGUAUGCCUAAUGCUGCCUCAGGAGGGGAAAUGGUUUCUAUCCUCAGCUCCAAAAGAAGCAUGAACAUUGGAAUUUUCCUGAAACAAUUCAAGCGGUCUGUACAAGACAUCAUUGAGGACAUUAAAUCAGGAAAUGGUCUUAGUUUUGGUUCAGGAAAGCUGAGGGAGCUGUGCAAGCUGCUGCCUGAUGAAGGAGAGGUGAAGCAGCUUGUUGGUUUCAAGGGCGACACCUCGGCUCUCCCUGAAGCAGAUCUGUUCAUGCUGAUGCUGGUCAAAGUUUCCAGUUAUGAAGAACGUCUCAGCAGCUUGGUGCUCAAAGAAGAAUUCUUCCCUCUCAUGGAUGAAAUGAAAGGCUUUAUUGACACUUUAACCUCUGCUGGAGCAGAACUGUUGGAGUCUGAUAAUCUACAUUCUGUCAUUCGCCUGGUGCUGAAGACUGGAAACUACAUGAAUGCUGGUGGCUAUGCAGGGAGUGCAGUUGGCUUUCGAAUGUCGUCCCUGUUAAAGUUGGCAGACACCAAGGCAAACAAGCCUGGAAUGAAUCUCAUGCAUUACGUUGUGAUGCAAGCUCAGAAGGCAGAUGCAGCUCUGCUUAAAUUUCCAGAACAACUUCAACACAUUGAAGCUGCAGCCAGAAUUAAUAAAGGUGACAUUGAGGCUGAGUUUAGAAAACAGGUGAAGAAAGUAGAAAACGCCAAAGCAGACACGUUGAAGCAGGAAGACUUAAAGGCACAGAUGGAGGAUUUUCUUCAGGAGGCUGAGGUCCGUUUGGCAGAAAUCGAGACUGACCUUCAGGAACUGCAGUCUGUGAGUGACUCUGUGGCGGGGUACUUCUGUGAAGAUCCGAACAAGUUCAAACUGGAGGAGUGUUGCUCCAUUUUCCACUCCUUUUGUGAGAAAUUUAUGCGAGCCAUGCAAGAAAACAAGGCUCGAGAGAUGGCAGAGGUGAAGCGAAGGCACAGAGACAGACUGCAGUGUGCUGCCAAGCGCAGGUCCACUGCUACUUGCUCCAGCAGAGACAAAGAAAUGGAAGGAGUAGCUUUGGAAUCAAUGCUACAGACUUUCUUAACCAGACGUGUCCCUCGGAGGAGAAGCGGGAGGCCCUCAUCUACUCAUGAAAGCCCCUCCAGAGGCAGCCCCAACAAUGGAAGUCUGUCAGAAAUCACCUCUCAGGCUAACCUUCCUGCUGAAGAUCAGAAGAGAGGAGGGCUUUUAAGAGUGCCAGCGGUCAGCAGGAAAGAGUGGAACUCAGCUGUUGAACUUACAGAAAACUCUUUACAAAAUAAAACGGAAUCUAAUAACAAGGACGAUGAGGAAAAAAGUGGACUUCCCAAUGAGGAGGUGAUGGAAACGUCCAAAAAAGAGGACGCUAAGGAUUUUACUAACCCAGCUAGUAGGACAACUAGCGUAUCCUCCUCGGGCAGGACUUUCUCAGUUACAAGUGGUGGUGAGGAUGAAGAUCUAGAGGACAAUACUGAGGAGGAGGCCCAAAAGUUACGAGAAGCAUCUAGAAAAGUGCUGCGCUUUCAGAAAAGUAGAGGCAGUGUCUCAUCUGGGGACUGUUCUCUGGAAAAUCAGAAAUCUCCUGGACCAGAUAAAAAAUUAGUUCGUCAACGAACCUUCGAUGAGGACACAGAGAGGUAUUCUGGAGACCCAACCAACGAGGAUCUAGUUAGGUUUUUACUUAACCCUCAACAGUCUUCUAAACGUAACCUUGGCCGUCGUCAUACUCUGCCUUCUAAAGUCCCUAAAACUGAUGAAAAUGAAGACAAUCUGCUGGCUCUCCCUCUAGUCAGAACUCCUAAAUCUGCAGGAAGAGAUGUGACACCUGCUGCAGAAGGGACCUCAAAAGAAGUGUUUGAUUUCACUGAUCUAUCUCAUGAUUUUGAAAAAUCUGCUGAUCAAACACAGAAUCCUCCAUCAGCUGCCAAGAAAAGUGUGAAUGCCCAUGAUUCUGAUGGGGAAAAACACCAAGAGGCAAAAUCAGUGGAGCCCAAAGACAGUAAAGUGCAUAAAAACAGUGAAAAUGUUCCACCAAAGGACACGUGGAUUAAGACUGAAACCUCGGGAUUUUUUUCAAACUUUUUCAAACGCCUUGGAGAUAUGAGCAAACUCCCAAACAACAAAGACGCUGUCCAGAAGGGCGCUGAUACCAGUGUUUAGGCUUUAAAAGAUGUUCAUUUAAAAGAACAGGGGGAACAUGCACAUUUUUACUUGUUUUUAAUUCAGCAAGGCUACUAUUUUAUUUAAUGCAACUUUUAAAUUGUUGUUAUUCUUGUAAUGCCAUAAUAGGAGGUUCAAGGGAAGUGUUUAAAGGAAGUUGUUGAAGGUGAUUUGCUUUAAAGCCACUAGAUGGCAGAAUGAAGCAGGAGCAUGGUGAAGUGUUGCUGAGAAAGAAAGGUGUGUUGACUAUUUCCACUCAGUCUGCACGGUCUUGUAAACAAAGAAGACGCCCACUGUAAAAUAUGUAUUUUCUCUAUUUUGCAUCUGUGCAAACAAAUACUCCUUUCACAUUGGCAUUGAUGUCAUCAGUAUUGAUGGGCUAAUACUGACAGUGUGGUUUAUUGUCUAGAUAUGCAGGCUAGCAGAAUGUAUUCAGAAAGUAAGUGAAUGUUUGCGUAAGAGAGCAUAGAGAAGUUGAACUGUGUAGAUCGGUUGUUGUUUUUGAUACACUGGUUAAUGAUUACAUUAGCAGAAUAUGCUUGAAUUCAUUAUGCUGUAAUUUCUGUUCUACAGUGCCAAAUGCCAUUGUCUCGCCCCUUUGUUUCUGCCUCCGCCCAUGUCACAAAAUUAAGUUGUGGAUGCUUUCAGGGUCUUUUCAAUCCAGCCAUUGUUUUGGGUUUAAAUGGGUCAGUGUUACAAAGGCUGCCUUCAUGCUGGCAUAGCUGAACCAUGGACUCUCAGUGGCAAAGUGAAGGGUAUUAACUUGAGAGGAGAUUACUGUGGUUGAAGGCCCAACACCUGAAGGCUUAUAUGACGGAAAGAACACGCUUCCCUAAAUUUACACCUGCACACAGCUUGUGAUAAGACAGGCAGCAACCCAAACCAUUCAUCAAGCUCCUCACGGGUCACAGAGGCCACAGCUUGUGCCAACAGCAGGAGUUCAAAAUGUAAGCUGACCUACUGGCAUCUUUGAGCUGUUAACUCGUACAGUAUUUAGAUUUUAGGAGUUUGUCCAGCUAUCUGACUGAAGAUUAAAAGAGAGGGAAUAAAAAUGUUGACUGCUUAGAUUCGUCUUCUAAUUUUAAUGUAACAAUUUGAGACUUUUGCAGGACAGAAAAGAUUGUAAGACAGAGAUGAUAGCAGUGAAAUUGCAUUAAAAUUAAUAGUAUUGUCCCUAGAUUGUGCAAUACCACAGUUUUUCAUAUAUUACAUCUUAGUAAUGGGCUUGUAAUUAAACAUUGUAUGCAUGAACAUGUUCGAAUUCAUAUAUAAAAUAUACUGAAGUAUACAUGUAAAGUUAAACACAUGAGUAUGUUUACUUGCAUUUCAGAUUAUGAAAUAAAAUACCCACACAUAUUAAAUCAUCUUUAAGAUGGUUGUUAUGUGUGAUUUCAAA